CAAGUGAGCGCCCAUGGCUGAGUGAGGAUUCGAACCCAGUUCCUAUUCGGGCCACUCCAUCCACCACACCACGCUGCUCCACACUAGGCCGCCCCCCCUCCCCGCACGCGCGCGCGUUUUAUUUUCACCAACACAUUUCACCUGCUGCCCUGGAUUCCCGCGGCCUCGCCUCGCCUCCUCCCCAACCCCUCAAGUCACACCUCAGCCAAGGAAGCGCUUGGAGAAAUAGCGACCGCCGCUGAGGCCAGUCCGGAACACGGUUUUGGCCCCCGGCGGGCCGGAGGGGCGACGCCGGGAGAAGCGGGGCACGCUUCCAACUUUCCCCCCCUUACUCGCUUCCUCCGCCGCGAGAGAGGCGAAGACCUCAAGUGCUGAAGGAGCCACCGCUGCCCUUCGGCUCCUCCGCUCUGGUUCUCGCCGACCUAUCUCCGCCGCCAUGCAGCCGGCUCAGGUGUGGAUGUUAACUUGCCUUCUCCUAUGUUGGCUGCCUUUCCCUGGAUUUGAGGCUGUCAAGGUAAGCAAGCGCCCCAUGAGGACUCGAGCUUGUGCUGACCGACCUGAGGAGCUCCUGGAACAGCUGUAUGGAAGACUUACCGCAGGGAUGCUCAGUGCCUUCCACCACACCCUGCAGCUGGAGCCUCAGGAAAGAGAUCACAAUAUAAGUUGCCCAACAGGAGGGAGGCCAACUAAUGACAAGAAGUAUCGACUCCCCAUCAAUCUCAACAGUGUCUCCCCUUGGUCAUAUAGAAUCUCGUAUGACCCUACAAGAUAUCCAAAGUACAUCCCUGAAGCCUACUGCCUCUGCAAAGGAUGCCUCACUGGUGCUUACGGUGAAGAGAGUUUCCACUUUCGGAGCACUCCGGUGUUUAUGCCGACUGUCAUCUUGCGCCGAACCACAUCCUGCACAGGAGGCCGCUAUGUUUACACUGAGGAUUAUGUCACUGUCCCUGUGGGCUGCACUUGUGUGCCAGAACAUGACAAAGAAGCUGAGGGAGUCAAUUCCAGCAUCGGCAAGCAAGUAGGAAAACUGCUGGCCAAUCAUCAUCAUGACAAGCCAGCAUCAGAGUGAUAAAGACAAAGCCUAGUUACAGGUCAAAAGAUCACCACCUUGGACAGGAUGGCUGUGGAAUGCAGACUGUACAAAAGAUCUGUGGCCCAUACACAGUUGGCCUUUGCAAAGAGUGAUGAAAUACUACGAAGAGGAUGAGGCAAAAUUCAAGAAUGCAGCUUUGUCACACUUUCAGAAGCACAAUGAAUACAAGAGCAUUGGAUCAUGUCCAGAAGUGGGCGACCAGGAUGAUAAAUGAUCUAUAAACCAAAAACCACAUGGAACGGUUGGAAGAUCUAGCCUGGAGAAAAAUCUACAGUAUUGGAGAAAAAUGAUAGUUGUUUUCAAGAGCUCACAUGUUUUCUCAACCCCUAGUCCUCCAUUCCCAGUAUCUGUAUUAGCCUCUUAAAACAUUUAGGAAGCCAAAGGUCAAGAAUCACUGAUGAAAUGGAUGCAGCUAUCAUGUUUUCUAUUGCCCCAAAUAAUGGAAGAAAACUACAGAGAAUGGAUUUAUAGAGAGACAGAUUUGGGAUGAAUGUGAGGAGAAACCUCUCAAGGAAGAAACAAAAAAGAAGUAUAGUCAUGAGAAAAAUCCUGGAAUGGGGUUUGGAUAAUAUAACUAUUGGACCAGUAAAGUAUCAUGAAAACAUAAGCUUUCUAGUCCUCUUGUUCUCUUCAUAUAGCUGAGCAUUACAGUAUGUAACUUGGGCUAGAGGAAGAAGCAGAAAACUUCUAAAUUAUUCUGCCUGGAUAUGAAAGGACAGGAUCCACAAACUAAUGUUCAAAAAUAGAGGUUGCAAUGUUUUAAAGAACCAGCUUGAGCUAUGGUGGUCUAAGGAUUCACUUCAGCGGAUAAAAUUGAUACUGUAGUCUCCCCCCACACACACCAUUGUAAAUCAGAGGUGGCCAGUUUAGCUAUGUAUGACAGGAAUUGUAGCACGACAAUAUCUGGUAUGCAACUAAUCAUCCAUCCUUGCUAUAGACAAAGAGCUGCUGGUCAGUCAGAGAACUAUCUGUUGCCAUUAGUCAAAGCACAUGGCUCUUCUGCUGGUGAGAGCAGAAAUAUUAAUCCAUAUCAGAAAAGGUAGAAAUUAAAUUUGGUGGCAAAAUGCAGUUAGUUACCUUUAAAUUAUGAGUAUUUCUCAGGGAUCAGUGGUAACAAAGUCUUCUAUGUGAGGUGGUUCCUGAAGUCAUGAUAAAUCUCCUUCCUCCACUGUUAAAUUCUGCCCUGAACAACUAUUGGAAUUUCCAGAAACAAAAUACAGCCACGUAGUCCAAAUCACAAAAUCUACAAUCAGGAUCAGGUAAUAUCUCCACUUAACUACUAAAACUAU